AUGGUUAUGGCAACAGCCGCGAUCGAGCACUUUGCACCAGCUACCAUCAAUUAUGCUAGUACUUAUCAACCAAUCUUGAAACCAUCGCACUUUGUCGAUCACGCCCACCACCAUUCCAAGCAUGGCGCGGUCAACCCCAAGCAGCUGAUCGGCGAUGCUCUCCGCCAGCGCGUCGAGAGCAUUGACCAUGAGAUUUGUGAGCCAGGCGACGAGGACACUUUCUUCGUCGGUGAUCUUGGCGAGGUCUAUCGCCAGCACAUGCGCUGGAAGCUCAACCUGCCGCGCGUCAAGCCCUUCUAUGCCGUGAAGUGCAACCCUGACCCCAAGGUCUUGCAGCUCCUCGCUGCCCUCGGCACUGGCUUUGACUGCGCCUCCAAGACGGAGAUUGACCAGGUCCUGAACAUGGGCACCGCCCCUGAGCGUAUUAUCUACGCCCAGCCCUGCAAGACCACCUCGUACCUGCGCUACGUCAAGGCCAUGGGUGUUAAGCAGAUGACGUUUGACAACGCCGACGAGCUCCGCAAGAUCGCCAAGCUCUUCCCCGAAGCCGAGCUCUAUUUGCGUAUCAUGACGGACGACGAGUCGAGCCUGUGCCGUCUCAGCAUGAAGUUCGGUGCUGCCAAGGAGGCCACCAACGAGCUACUUGGCGUGGCCAAGGACCUCGGUCUCAACGUCGUCGGCGUCAGCUUCCACGUUGGCUCCGGUGCCUCGGACCCAAUGGCCUUCUACAAAGCCGUCUACGAUGCCUACGAGGUCUUCCAGCAGGGCCGCGCCUACGGCUUCGAGAUGAAGACGCUCGACAUUGGCGGCGGCUUCUGUGGCGACACCUUCGAGGAUAUGGCCACCGUCCUGCGCGGUGCCCUCGACGAGUACUUCCCCGCCAGCAGCAACGUCAACAUCAUUGCCGAGCCCGGCCGCUACUACGUCUCCGCGGCCUUUACAAUUGCGUGCAACAUCAUUGCGCGUCGCACUGUUGACGACCCCGCCCUCAACGAGAAGCGCUACAUGGUUUACGUCAACGACGGCCUCUACGGUAACUUCUCGAGCAUUAUGUUCGACCACCAGCACCCCGUCGCCAAGGUUCUCCGCGCGGGCACCUCGACCGUCUACGACACCCCGGCGGCCAACGCUUGUCCCGACGGCGAGGGCACCCGCUACUCCGUCUGGGGUCCCACUUGUGACGGCAUUGACCGUAUCACCGAGACCAUUUCCUUCGAGCAAGAGCUCGACGUCGGCGACUGGCUCUACUUUGAGGACAUGGGCGCUUACACCAAGUGCUCUGCCACCAAGUUCAACGGCUUCUCCAACGAGCAUGACGUCAUCUACGUCUGCAGUGAGCCUGGUGCCAAGGCCUUGCUUAGCAUCUAG